CGCACGGCCCCGAGUCCGGCCACUUCCCUCGACUUGUCGUCGCACGCACGCACACCCGCACUCGACUCCGUCCUAAUAACUAGGCCCUGCGGUCCGUCUGCGCGAACAACAGCAUGCGCGCGUCCGUCUCCCACCGUCUGAGUCAGUCCCUGCGCGUGCGCCGCGUGCCGGGGCAGCAGCAGCAGCGAUUUGCGUCGAGCACACCCGGCGGCGGGUUCAACUCGGCAGAGGCGCAGAAGAAGGCGCAGGAUGCGCUGGUCGCGACGCAGAAGCGGCUCGGGGAGGCCGUAGAGGUGGGCAAGAAGGUGUUGGGCCCGUACGGCGAGAAGGCCGCGAGCAUGCUUGGCUCGUACCGCCAGCCCCUCACGUACAACUGGUCUGUCGCGCGCGAGUUUCUGAAGCAAGUAUACGUCGCCGAGCGCCUGCAACCACCAGCGUCCACAUCGGCCAUCACGAAUGCCUACUCUGCUCUCUGGUCGCGUGCGCGCAAUCCUGCGUACUGGCGCGAGCUUGUGCGAUCCGGGGAGUGGGCCAAGGUCGGCGUGUAUGCCGUCGAGGCAUACGGCAUCUUCAAAAUUGGGGAGAUUAUUGGACGACGGAGUCUGGUGGGAUACAAGGUCGAAUAGAUGACUGCGUGUUGUGUAUGGACUGUGUCGUAUAGCCAUUCGCUAUUUGAUAGAAUGCUGUAUGCACACU